AUGAGCCACACGGUCGUGCACGUCACGGCGCUGCAGCAGGGCGAACGUAUACCCCGAGCGCAGCUCGUCGCCGCUUUACGUGCUCACCAAGGCCUAGCGUACGUCCCAGAACAGGCACUGCUGCGUGAUGUAAUCUAUCUCCUGCAAGGCAUCUCGGGCACCCAUGUACGCUUCAAGCAGGAAUGGCAGAUGCCCACCGCCGAUGGCUCGCACCCCGCCGAGACUGUACUGCGCCUCGAGUUUGAUGAAAAAGAUGGCAUUAUCUCGCCUCCGACGCGCGACUUGAUUCAUCGCUUGGCUGAGUUGGGGCAGCUGUACGUUCGUGUGCAGCGCUACGUCGACAAACACACCCAUCCCACACCACGGCACCUGGCCUCACAAAGUCUCUGUCACUUCUUAGCGCAGGAAUUGCAGGCGCAUGGCGAGCUUGUCUCCGAUAUGGAGGCGCAGUGGCAUGCACAGGCCGAAGGCGUGACGCCGUCGCAUCCACUCACUCUACGCCGCCUCGUGCAAACGACGCGCGAGCCUAUUUUACGCAUGCGAUUGAUGAGUACCAUGGUCGAGAGCUGCCGUGAUAUGCAUGGCGGCGCGCUCGUCUCGACCAUCCAUGCGUACACACUCACAGGCGACCCCUUCAUCCGCCGAUGCACGUCGACGUUGCUGGACCACGUCUCGCGGCCCUUCUUUCAUACCCUAUCGCGCUGGAUCUAUGACGGUGAGUUGGACGAUCCCUUUGACGAGUUCUUUGUGGCGCAGGCCUCGUCGCAUACCCCGACGCCGAAGCAGGCGGAUGACUUGGUCGUUCCGACAGAACCUGGCGCUGAUGCCGCAGAUGUAUGGCAAAAUCGCUUUGUUUUGCGCGAAAAUAUGCUGCCCAGUUUCCUUAGUGAGCACUUUGCACGCAAGAUCUUUUCUACAGGCAAGAGUUUGCACUUCCUCCGCGACUGCUGUGGCGAGGAUCGCGCAGAGAUCCAAGGCCGCACGCCACGACGCGCCCUUCGCUACUCAGAUAUGGCCGGCUUGGAGCAUGCGAUUGAUGCCGAGUUUGCCCUCGCUAGUGGGCAUCUCUGCUCUCUCUUCCUGACGCAGUUCCGACUGCGUGAUCACCUUCGGGCGAUCAAGUCGUAUUUGCUGCUCACGCAAGGCGACUUUGCCGAUGCACUGCUACAGACUUUGGGUCCGAGCUUAUCGCGACCGGCCUCGACUCUGUACCAACACAACCUGAGCGCCGCCUUGGAGACGGCCAUUCGUGCGUCGAAUGCGCAGUAUGAGGAUCCCGAUAUUCUGCGCCGUCUCGAUGCACGGAGUCUUGAGUUUGGGCCCGGUGAUACUGGGUGGGACACGUUCACGUUGGAAUACCGUGUCGAAGCGCCUGUCAAUGCCGUGCUUGAUGCCUCUGCUAUGGCGGGCUACCAACUCUUGUUCAACUACCUAUGGCAAAUCAAUCGCGUAGCUGCUGCGGUCACGCUGGCAUGGACGCAAUUGUUGUCGACACACAAAGCCGUGCUGCGUAGUCGGCAGCGUUCGCAACUCGAUGCGUCGUUGCUACCAUCGCUGCACCGAACGCUGGGCCAUUUGCAUGAGAUGGUCCACUUUGUGCGGCAGCUGCAAGGAUUCUGUGAGUUGGAAGGCAUCGCGUAUGCAUGGCAGCAACUCGAGCAGAAUUGCGAUGCUGGCAUUAGCGACUUGGAUCAGCUGAUUGAAACGCAUCGGCAUUACUUGCACACGCUCAUCCAUACGACACUUUUGCGUGGACGACGUGGCCAGGCCGAUCAUUUGGCCGACGAUGUGCGUGCACAGCUCCAAAGUGUGUUGGCGUAUGCCCACUGCGCUGAAGAAUGGUCGCAUCAUAUCACCGCUGAAUUAGCGCGCCUCGCAGGCGGGGUAGCGCCGCUGCGUAGCGCUGCGCACACGCAAAGCGUACUGGUAGAGCGUCUACGCACAGAACACGCCGCUUUCCAGCACCGCCUUCAAGGCAUGUUGAGCACCCUGGAGCGGCACCCAACUCUGACUGUUCGUGACUUGGCCGUACGUAUCUUCGACGACUCACACACAGCGACGAUGGAAUUUUAA